UAUAUUAUAAAAAUAAUAAACGAUUAUUUGUAAGUGGAACGUUAUUGUGUUUUCCGCUGCAUUGCUGCAGUGCAUGCAGUGAUGCGUUUCGGUGGCUCGCAACAGCAGUGAUAAGCGAACUGCGGGAACGCAAUGAUGACCAUGAUGAUGAUGCAACGUCUGCUCCAGAACAACAACAAUAACAACAACUCCAAUAACAAUAACAACAACAAUAACGUUUACGCAGACGAGAUGAGGCUGAACGGCAUACGUCACCAUUCAGCAAGUCCAUUUUCGAAACCAGCCGCCGUGCAGGCUGCGGCGCCCGACAGCUGCGUCGCCGAACCAGACGCACUGACGUCAGCCGGCUGCAACGAGCAGCAGCUACAGCCCGUCUCGCCACAGUUGACCAGCACCGGUACCACGGCGACCACUGUCGCACAAACCGGACCGACGUGCACUACCGUGGUGACCGUGGCCGCGGCAGACGACCGGCUAUCGUCCGACGAGGACGACGAGCUGAACGUGGACGAGCUGAACGUGGACGAGCUAAACGUGGACGAGGACCCGGUGGACUUGACCAACAACCGGUUGCACGGCGGCCGGGUUGGCGCCGGUCACGGAUUGCUGAGCUGCGACCGCGGCGUCGGCGGCCUGCACCAACAGACUGCAGGAAGCGCGGCGGCCAUCGUCCCGAUGGACAGCACGGCCGCGGCCAACGAUUACGAGACGAGUGGCAACAGCAAGGGCCGGCUCGCGUUUUCCGUCGAGAAUAUACUCGACCCGAACAAGUUCACCAGAAAACUGAUGGCGCCCUCCACUGUUCUGCCCAGGUGGAGGCCGCGCGUCGAUUUCUCCACCGAUCCUUCUGGAGCCGGCGAAGAAUGUUCGCGCAACUACAUAAUGGACGAGGAUGACGAGGACAUMAGCGUGAGUGGAGACGGUUGCGGCAGCGACAUGAGCGACGACCGGGACAAGGUCAGUGGCGACGGCAGUUCGUCGACUGGCGUUGGCGGCGGCGGUGGCGGCGGAGGCAGCGCGAAAAAAUCCAAGUCGUCUUCCGACCACUGCGGCGGAGGCGGCAGCGGUAGCGGAGGCGGAGGUGGWGGCGGCGGUUCGAAAAACGGAGGCAGUGGCAAACCGCGGCGGGCCCGGACGGCGUUCACGUACGAACAGCUGGUGGCGCUCGAGAACAAGUUCAAGACGACGCGGUACCUGUCGGUGUGCGAGCGGCUCAACCUGGCGCUGUCGCUGUCGCUCACCGAAACCCAAGUGAAGAUAUGGUUCCAGAACAGGCGGACCAAGUGGAAGAAACAGAACCCCGGGCUGGACGUGAACAGCCCGACGGUGCCGCCGCCCGGGCCGACCGGGUCGUCGGCCGCCGGAGCACCUCCGUUCUUCCACCCGCUGGCCUAUUCCGCCGCGCACCACUAUCAGACGCAGAGCUACUCGGCCGCCGCGGCCGCCGCGUACUUCCACCACCUGGGCGCGCACCACUCCACGAUCGGCGGCCACCAUCCGCCGUCGUAAUUGCCCGUCUCUCGUUCCUAAAUAUCGCAAUAUCAGUACGCGACCGCACCCGCUUCGUCCACGGCCGGCCCAGCGUGUGACGACCGCGACGAGACGGCGUCGGCCAGAUCUCAAAUAUUAAUAAUAAUAAUAAUUGUGUACGAUAUCAUCAUUUGCUCGCCGCCAAGCCGAAGACGACUUCGGCGGACCGACCAGACACCGCGACGACAAUAAUUUGUUAAUAUAAUGAUACGGUUGAGUAGUCGCCACU